AUGAAAAGACGGCCGAUCUGGGCGAUUGGAGGAACUGUAAUGGCCAGCACAGUGGUGAACACGUCCAAAGAAAUGAUGGCUUAUUCAGACUUCCCUCCACCGGAAGAUUUUCCAAAUUUCAUGCAUCAUUCGAUGGUUAACAAAUACUUGCACAUGUACGCGGACCACUUCGAUCUAAAACGUCAUAUCCGAUUCAACACAGCAGUGAAGCAUAUUUCAGAGGAGGGUGAUGGAUUCAAAGUGGAACUUGCGAAUGGGGAAGUGAAUCAUUUCGAGAAAGUAAUACUAUAUGUCGACAAAUUCAAAGGACGUAUAAUGCACGCUCACGAUUACACAGAUCCUAAAGGUUUUGAGGAUAAGAACGUGUUCCUGCUUGGAAUAGGGAAUUCAGCCCUAGACAUCGCCGUGGACCUUGCAAAAAUUGCCAAAUCUGUGACGAUAUCUACGAGACGUGGCACUUGGAUUUUCAACAAAGUAGCGGCUGGAGGAAUGCCUUAUGAUACUCUCUAUAUGACAAGGUACUACAAUUGGGUCAUGGACACCAUUCCUUGGACCGUUGCCAACGAUUUCAUGGAACAUAUAGUUCAGCAGCGAAUGGACCACGAUUUAUAUGGAUUGCGACCAAAUCAUAGGUUCUUCCAGCAACAUCCAACAGUCAACGACGUACUGGGAAACCUCAUUUGCAGUGGAUACGUCACGAUUGCAGAUGACAUCGAUACUUUCACUGCGGACAAAGUAAUAGUGAAGAACGGUAAGAGUUACGAUUGUGACGUGCUUAUCACAUGCACUGGGUACACCUUUGGUUUCCCUUACCUGGACAAGAACAUCAUAAGCAUCGAGGUAUAUU